AUGUGCAGUUUACUUCCGCCGUGCUUUUCCAAGCCUUUCCAUCAAACAAUUCCCUACUUAACAAAAACAAACUUUAAGGUUCGAGCCAGCGCCACUGCAAAAGCUACAGUUGCAGCAUUUGCCGCAGCCGAAGGUCAUGCUCAUCCGAGAAUAGUUGAACUACCGAAAACAGAUCAAGGCUUAGGUUUUAAUGUGAUGGGCGGAAAAGAACAAAAUUCACCGAUUUACAUCUCGCGGAUUAUUCCCGGAGGAGUGGCCGAUCGCAAUGGACAACUGAAACGUGGCGAUCAGUUGAUUGCGGUGAAUGGUGUGAAUGUGGAAUGUGAAUGUCACGAGAAAGCAGUUGAGUUGUUGAAGUCAGCGAGAGGAAGUGUUAAAUUGGUUGUGAGAUAUACACCGAAACUGCUCGAUGAAAUGGAGAGACGUUUCGAGAGACAGCGACGUCGUGCUAAUCAGCACAGUCCCGCGCCGAUGUUCAACAAACGAUAG